AUGCCGUUGAAUAUUUUGUGGGGCCUCUCAGCCUUUGAUUUGGUUCACAGGAAGGUUGGCUGGAAAAUUAUUGUAUUGUGGGUCGUCGCUGCACUUUCUCUCUUAGUUGCAAGUAUGGCAGUGUUUGGGUGGCUUUGCGAGUCAAGAAGGCAGGCUCGAAAGCAGUUGAAGCACCAAGUAAUCCUCAACAUGGAGGUUCGUUUGGCGAGAACAAUAUGUUUCUUUCCAUUGCACAUUUGCGUGAUGGCUUGCGUUUGCCUCAUAUUUCCAUCCACAGCUUACUCCUUGGAGCUGGUAAUGGCCAUUGCUGCAAGUGUUGUCAUGGCUUGCUUGGUUCAGUACUACUUGAUGGCACUUGGUGGAGGCAGGGCGGGUCGCGCAUCUGCCCAACUACUCGAAAAAACUCCGCAGAAGAAAUGGUGGAUGGCGUCCUAUUGCGGAGGUGUGAAUGAUAUGCUUCCCGGAAUGGGUUUUGUGUAUAGCAGACAGCCUCACUCCUUGGAGUUGCCAGACAUUCAUCGCGCGGUGAAGCUGGUUGAGCUUUUCAUGUGGAUCUACAUCAGCACCAGCGCAUUGCAGGUAGCACUCAGCGUGAUUCCAACAAGCGUUCACAAAGACGAGGACGGAUGGUGCGUUGAGGCUGCAGUUGUAAGCCCUGGAAUCUCCACCGCAAUCCUGAUUUGCCAAGUUCUAUCUACCUUCGUGGGAUCAGCUGGAUUUAGUAUUAUUUCCUCAGCAACGGACGAAGUGUAUAAGGCUGUAGAUCCAGACAAUGACUACAACUUCAAAAGGAAAGCGGUUACAGGGGGCUGCUACCUUCAGCUUCCACUAGUGAAGGUGUGGAUUUUAGACCGUGAGACCGUUGUUUGA